UUUUUAAAUGUGGUGAUGCCUUCUGCCCUUCCAAUUAAGUUUGGCGCAUCUUUUCUUCAAGUCCCCUUGGAUUUUUCCGGAGCUUUCAAGGGGUGGAAGAAGCUUAUUAAAUCCUCCAACUCUGCCUUAUCUUUGGGUUAUCGUAACAGGAAGAAGUCUCAGUCCCAGGGGAAACAAAUAGAAGAUCAAGAAAAGUUCAAGGCUGAAUUGGCAACUAAAAGACUGGCAAUGGCAUCCUGUCAACCUCCAAGAACUACUGAACUUGUGACCAUGGAUGUGGAGAGUGUUCUUCACAUGAAAGAAGGAUUGGGUGAAACCAGCUAUGCUCAGAAUUCCUCCCUUCAGAAGAAGAGCAUGGAGGCCAUAAAGCAUAUCAUAGUAGACUCAGCAACAGAUGUGUAUGCCUCAAGAACACCAGGAUGCUUCACAAUUGCUGAUCUUGGUUGCUCCUCAGGGACUAAUGCCUUUUCACUAGUCAGCAAAAUAGUCGAAUCCAUUCAUGAAAAGGCUCGACAGUCGGAAAGGCCGACGCCAGAGAUCUUGGUGUUCCUUAAUGAUCUUCCGACCAAUGACUUCAAUUCUGUGUUCCUGAAUUUUCCGGAGUUCACUAGGAAGCUCAAAGGAGGCAUUGAGCUGCAAGAAGGCAGUGCUCCAUCUGUAUACUUAGCUGCACUUCCUGGGUCCUUCUAUGGCAGGCUUUCCCCAAGCAAUAGUCUUGAUUUCAUCUAUUCUUGUCAUAGCUUGCACUGGCUUUCUGAGGUUCCUCUGGGGCUUGUUGACGGUAAUGGUAAGCCAAUUAACAAGGGGAAGAUAUACAUAUCUAACACAAGCCACCCUGCUGUUCCUUUAGCAUACUUGAGGCAGUUUCAGAAAGAUUUCAGCCUCUUUCUCAAGUCAAGAUCAGCAGAGUUACGUUCUGGUGGACGAAUCGUUGUCCUAAUUUUAGGAAGAAGAACAGAUGAUCACAGCGAUAAGAGUGCAACAGUUUUGUGGGAACUUUUAGACCAGUCUUUGGCCAUUAUGGUCUCACAAGAAAUGGUUGACGAAGAGAAGGUAGACACAUACAAUGUUCCAUUUUAUGCUCCAUCAACAAAGGAGAUUGAGGAUGAAGUAGGCAGAGAAGGAUCAUUUGAGAUUGACUUCAUACAAGCUUAUGAGCUGAACACAAGCACUGGAGAUCCUCACAAGGAUGCAAGAAUCACAUCGAUGGCCAUUAGAGCCAUACAGGAGUCGAUGAUCACCCACCACUUUGGAGAAGGCAUUGUAGAUAAAUUAUUCCAAAUUUAUAGCGGAUUGCUCAGUGAAUUCUUGGUCAAACAAGAACUAAAAUGUCCUCUCUUGAUAGCAGUUCUAAGAAAGCCACAUCAAACAUAAAAUCUGGUCACACACCAGUAUGAAUAAAUUACUUCAAAGUCGACAAUGACAACAGCAUUACUUCAUCUUUGGAUAGGCAUCUUCAUCUUUUCAGCUUCAAAUUCAACAGCAUGUUCUUUAUCUUUGUAAUUUCUCCUUUGAGAGCCUUCUUAAAUUCAUGCUCAUCCCAGUCAUAGGCUGGUAUGGCAUUUUGUUUCCUACUAUACUUCCAUAUCAAGUGAAUAUACUGUGGCAUUUGUAUUGUGUAUA